UCAUUUUCUAAUAUAACGGGUAAGAAAAGUGGGUAAGCUCUCCAUGCAGGCCCCGUUAAUUCUCAUCUCUAUAUAUUCUCAGUAUGUGCCCUUAAAUUCUUCUAAACGUUCAGGGUCAGUGUAACGUUUCUAAUCAUUUUGUUACCGUUAGUUUAGUAAAGAAAUAAGCAAAAGAGCAAAAAAGGAAAAAUAUAAAAAUUGAGAAACGAUUCCUGAAAUGUUGAGGGCAAAAAUGAAAAUCUCGUAAAUUUGAUUGGAAAAAACUACUAAAUACCAAUGGACAAAAUGGACAAAAUAUAACUUUUAUACCCAAUACUCAAUUUGACUAUUUUAGUGACCCAUUCAAUGAGGAGAACUUGUUCGCUGUCGCCCUCUAGCGUCCUGCAGUUACAGUCAAGUCUGGAGUAACGGGAUGAACAGGACGUGAUCCUACUAGCCAAUCCUAUCUGAGGAUAGGGAUCCUACUAGCCAAUCCGAGCACAGGAGGCGGAGUUUUCCUGAAUACGGGUGUGAAAUACAACAGGUUUUCUGCACUGGCGAAAGUCCCACUCGACUUCGGCACUGUAAUGGCUGCAAUGUUUACGUGCUGUCUGGGCUGCUGCGGCGAUGGGGCAUCGGGCCAGAUACCCCUCAAAGAAAUGCCCACAGUACAGCUGGACACUCACCACAUGGGGACGGAUGUGGUCAUAGUGAAAAGUGGGAGGCGGAUAUGUGGGACUGGAGCUUGCCUCGCCAACGCCCCUCUCCACCAGAACAAGAGCUACUUUGAGUUCAAGAUCCAGUCAACGGGUGUGUGGGGAGUAGGAGUAGCCACACAGAAGGUGAAUCUGAACCAGGUUCCUUUGGGUCGAGACAGUCACAGUUUGGUACUCAGACAUGAUGGCUCGGUCUACCACAACAAUGAGGAGAAGAACUGCCUACCAGCCAACAGCCUUCCUCAGGAGGGAGAUGUAGUGGGUUUAACCUAUGACCAUGUGGAACUGAACCUGUAUCUUAAUGGGAAGAAUAUGCAGUGUCCAGCGACAGGCAUUCGAGGCACUGUGUUCCCUAUAGUUUACGUGGAUGACAGUGCUAUCUUAGACUGCCAAUUCAGCGACUUCUACCAUCCUCCCCCCCAAGGCUUUGAGAAGAUCCUAUUUGAACAGCAGAUCUUUUGAAGCUGUGGACACACUCAAAGAGAUGCUGCCCACAAGGCCAAGAGUCGAGCGGCAGUGUUAGAAUGGAUGUAAACUUACUUCUGACUUCUUGCCAUUUCGCGUCUGCCUUCUCUGUUGCUGCUACUGCUGCCGACAUUGUAUAUAGGAGACAAGCCAGUUUUGUGUGUGUGAGAGUGUAUUUAGUUUGUGUGUGUGUGAGGGAAAAUUUGUUAGCAAAACACUAUCAAAUAUCUGUUAUUCAAAAUGCCAUAUGAACAUAUUUAAUUUCUAUUUUAGGUGCAAUACAUAUCAUACUUUUAUAUCACAGUCUUUGUUGGUAUGUUUCUUAGAUUUAAAACAAUACAUAUUUAAUUUAUUUAACUUUAGUUUUAUUUUAUGUUUUUGUCUAAAAAAAAACUACAUUCCCAAACACUACAGUAAGUGAACAGAAGUGUGUGGAUUCUCCAGGAAAGCUGGUCAAACACAUCAUCAAUGUUAGUGACUUGUUUUAUUUACAAUAUUUAUGUAUUAUCAUUGAAAACUGAACCAAAUCUUGUCAAAGUCUGAGUAAAAGUGAUUUAUAUGCUGAUGUGGAAA